AAGUAAGACAAAAUAAAGAUCCACCCCUUUCGAACGGAUACACAUUUUGUCGAUCUUUUGAAAAUGAAUAUUAUAUCUGCCGUUUCCAUUAAGGUAAAACAAGCCUAAAGGUUUUUUCCGACAUCGACUAAACUUGGUUCAAUAGAAACCUGCCCGGGCUUCUUCUGUAUUUAUAUCACUCAGCUUGGUUUCGCUUCCCCGCAAUUCUCCGCCCUUUCAGAAAGUACACAAUAAACUCUCAAGAGCGGCCUGAAGCAAAUAUAGCGGAACAUUUCAGUGUCGCUGGACAGCACAGAACAUCUAUUGGGCAACAUGCAAUCUACGGUGUUUACUAUCUCGUUUGUCAAACUAUUCUGCUUAACUUUACAUGGAAUGACAGCAGUGUUAGCUGAACUUCCAAGUCCCAGUAACAUCAGAAUUACCUCCAUCAACAUGGGACUAGUGUUGGAGUGGGAUCCCCCUCAGAACCACACGGGAAACCUCACCUACAGAUCAGAAUACAAGUGGAAGAGCAUCAGGAACAGCUACCGGGUCGUAUGUUUGGACACAACUGCCCUAUGCUGUGACUUCACCAGACAUCUAAACAAAUUUGGAGUGUACACUUUGCAAGUGAGGGCAGAACGAGAGGGAGAGACAUCUCACUGGGUGGAGACUAAGGAGUUUGUCAUGGAUGAACACACCACUUUAGGCCCUCCCAGUGUGACUCUAGUCUCCAGUGGUGCGAACAUUGAAGUGAGCAUCGAAGACCCAGUGCUCAGGAUCUCUGAGUUUAAAGAGAUCUACAAUCAUGCAACCUUUAACAUCACCUACUGGAAGGAGGGCCAGGAGAAGAAGGUCAAACGGAUGAAUGGCAUCCAACUGCAUGAAGUGGUGUUGGAGCUGGAGCAAUGGACCAGGUACUGUUUUCAGGUCUGGGUGGUAACCGAAAGGUUCUUCAAACAAAGCCAGCCCAGCAACGUUACGUGUGAGAGCACCGCUAAGGGCAAGGACAGGCCCUGGGUGAUGGCCCUGGGGAUGUUUGUGGUGAUGGCUGUGUCUGUGCCCCUGGUGGUUCUAGCAUUCUGGCACUGCUACAGGGUGGUCAGCUUCCUCAGACCCAAGGUCAAGCUGCCUGGACAUUUCACAGUGUACUUGUUGGAUCCUCAGUGCUCCUCCAUCCUGGCCUUGCAGAGCAGCCCCCAGCCUGAUGAGGUGUACCAUGAGGUCAGCAUCAUGCCUGCGGGGACAGAGACAGAGAGAGAGCGCCCUCUGGUGGACAGAACAUAAAGCACAUAACCAGACUGACUGACAAUACAAAAGAAAGGCAGUGUUCGAGAGCAUCAACACCGCGACUGACAGGCCGAUCUAUAAAUAAUAUUAAGUUGUUGUUUAUGAUGCAAGGUGAUUGGUUGAUCAGUCAGUCUUGACUCGCCUUUAAUGUCGGCUGCACCCAAUCACAAAGAUCUUGAAGUGGAUGGGGAAGAUAUGGGUGAAAGACUGAUGUGAGGAAGAAACGAAGACAUCAAUGGAUGGCAGAGAAGAGGACGUAUCUCUUAGUGAGAAAUAAUAGUCUAACUGCCAUCAGGGAUUUAGUUAUUUAUUUAUCCCUGUGAUGAAAUUCUAAGAGAGAUAAUUUAGUGUAAUGCAGGUGUCAUCUACUAGAUUCAGCUGCAGGCCCGAUUUUUAUCUCUUGGGGGUUUGGAAAAAAGAAUUACAAAUCAUUUGUGAUCGUAUGCAAAUUAGCCGCAAGAACCCAAACAAAUAUAUUUGACUGAAACAAUCAUUUCAGACCUUGUUUCCAUUUGUAUACAAUCACAUGUUCCUCUCUAUGAUGCCUAAAAUCACUACGAGCUGAUUUCCUGCUGUUAAAAAUAAAAUAAAACAUUUGACUGAGAACUUGUGAUAUCGUGAGUAUAGGGCAAUGGAAUGGUGACCCACUAUUCCACCAGAGAGAGUUCUCAUUAUGAGCUGACUGAUACGACACACUCCAAAUAAUUUUAUGGAAAAUCAAGACAUCAUGACAUCAUCAGCAAUGGGUCUACAAUGGAUUCUGAAAGUAUUCAGCCCCCUUCACUUUUUCCUCAUUUUGUUGCAUUACAGCCUUAUUCUAAAAUGUAUUAAAAAUAUAUAUUUAAAAAAUCCUCA